AUGCCCGUCACGGCGAGUUCACUAAUCGCAACACAACACGAUUUGUUUGGGUAUAUAAGUCGAGCUGUCAUAAAUCUCGAGAAGCUCGAAUCGAAGAAGCGAACACCCAUACACUGUCAAACACGAAUAGAGGCUCUUGAAAACAAUUGGAAAAAAUUCCAAACAGCUCACGAACAGCUGACAACGAUCGAGCCCGAAAAAAGGGCAGAGCUUCCGUACUAUUCAGAUGAUCUCUAUGCUACAUGCGAGGAAGCAUUUCUCACUAAUAAGGCAGACAUGCUCGUGAUUAUCAAAUCGUGGAGAGGCCCGGAGCCCCUUGCUCACGACGGAGCGCCGGGGAAUGCCCUUACUUCCCGACAACUACCGCGUAUAAAUUUACCGAAAUUUUCCGGGUCGUGUAAUGAAUGGACAGAAUUUCACGAUUUAUUCCAAGUAAUGGUCGGUCAGAAUCAGGACAUUUCCAAUGUGGAAAAACUGCAGUAUUUCAAAAUGAGCCUGACAGGAGACGCGUCCUUGCUCUUAAAAAAUAUUUCCGUCUCUGGGGACAACUUUGGGCGCGCCUGGGAAACUCUUGUUAAUCGGUACCAAAAUAAACGCGUUCUGAUCGACGCCCAUCUCGCGAUAUUAUUCUCGACGCGCCGUGUAAAUAACGAGUCAGCUGUCGACUUAAAGCAGCUUUUGAACGACACGAAAGACGCUCUCGGGGCGCUUAAAUCCCUCGGUAGUCCAAUUGAAUAUUGGGAUCAUAUUCUCGUGUACAUGACAGCGCGAAAACUAGACUCCGAAUCACGUAAGGCGUGGGAAAUUAACAUCGGAGCACAAACAGACCCCGCGUCAUUCAAUGACCUCGAACAAUUCCUGUUCAGCCGUGUACGUGCUCUGGAAGCCUUCGAUCGAGUAUCGACCUCUCGUAAGGCGCAUUCUAACCCAAUCGCCAAAGCCAAUCCUCAACGCAGCGCGAAAGUACAUCAAACAAAUAUCAACCGAGCGAACGAGAACGAAUCAAAACAGUCCACGGCCGUACCCUCAGGGCUAAAUUGUGCCUUAUGCACAAAGUCGCAUUAUAUUUCAACGUGUCCCGAGUAUCGCAACAAAACACCGGAUCAGCGGCGCGAGCUUCUCGUACAGCGAAAUCUGUGUUUCAAUUGUCUCGGGGCGCACCAAACCAGAAACUGUCGGACAGCAAAGCGGUGUCAAGUGUGCACUGGCCCACAUCACACCACGAUACAUCGUUCGAAAGCCGUGGAGCAACGAGCUCCCGGUUCCAGCGCCACGUCGCCAUCGGAAGCACCUGAGCCUAGCAAACAAACUAACGGUGCGGCGAUCCCGGGUCGCGAUGAUCAGCCUAGCACCUUCGUCUCAACAAACGUUGCACUUACAAGUACGAUCCAAUACAAACCAGUACUGCUUGCAACCGCGCUCGUGAAGGUCACCUCUCGUACCGGGGAAGAACUCAUAAUUAGAGCGUUACUCGAUCAAGCAUCGGAGGUGUCAUUCGUCACAGAAUCACUCGCCCAACGCUUAGCAUUGCCAAGAAUGAAUACCUCGCUGCCUAUACGCGGAAUCGGUGGCAAGCGCACCGUCAACGCGCGCGGACUCGUCAAUCUCAAUAUCCAGUCUCGCGUCAGAACGUUUUCGCUUCCCGUAAAUGCAUACAUACUUGCAAAACUAACGUCUUACGUUCCCCCUUGUCGAGUACUCAAAAAUAACUGGCCUCAUCUAGAAAAUCUAGAACUUGCCGAUCCAGACUCGUCCUCAACACGAGCAAUUGAUCUUCUUCUUGGAGCAGAGGCCUAG